AGACAAAAAAAAAAAAAAAACAUUUUUUCUUCGCUUCAGCUUCUCUGUUUCUGUAUUUUUAAUUCACAAAAAAAGAAAGAAGAAAGCUUCAAAGAUAUAUAUAGCGUUUGCAGAACGUGACAACAUUAAAAUAUUAAAAGUUCUCGUGUUUGGUCCGAACUUGACGAAAUAUCUUUAGGACAAAUCUGGAAAGGAGACCAGACAAAAGAUCCUAAACAUGUUCGGGAUCCAAAACAGAAGAGACUUAACCAUGGAGCUCCAGUCCCAAAUCCCAAUCCUCCGCCCCAGCAUCCACGCACGACGAGCCAACAUCGUCGUCAAGUUCCAAGACAUGUACGGUUUCACGGUGGAAGGCAACGUCGACGACGUGAACAUCUUAAACGAAGUCAGAGAGAGAGUGAGGAACCAAGGGAGAGUCUGGUGGGCUUUGGAAGCUAGCAAAGGAGCUAACUGGUAUCUCCAGCCUGAGAUUCUCUUGAUCGGCGCGUUGAAGAAAACGUCUCUAAAGAUCUCGGCUUUGGCGAAUGCGAUCACGCUGAAGAGGCUGGUUAGGAAAGGGAUCCCUCCGGUUCUGAGGCCUAAGGUUUGGUUCUCUGUUUCUGGUGCUGCUAAGAAGAAGUCUACGGUUCCGGAGAGUUAUUACAGUGACUUGACUAAGGCUGUUGAUGGGAUGGUCACGCCUGCCACGUUGCAGAUUGAUCAUGAUCUGCCACGGACAUUCCCUGGCCAUCCAUGGUUGGACACUCCUGAAGGUCACGCUGCUCUACGGCGUGUGCUUGUUGGGUAUUCAUUUCGAGAUUCUGAUGUUGGUUAUUGUCAGGGACUAAACUAUGUUGCGGCGUUACUGUUACUUGUGAUGAAGACAGAAGAAGACGCGUUCUGGAUGCUAGCGGUUCUUCUGGAAAACAUGUUAGUCCGUGACUGCUACACAACCAACUUGUCUGGAUGCCAUGUUGAGCAGAGGGUUUUCAAAGACUUGCUUGCCCAAAAAUGUCCAAGAAUAGCUUCUCAUCUUGAGGAUAUGGGCUUUGAUGUUGCCCUUGUAGCCACGGAAUGGUUCCUAUGCCUCUUCUCCAAAAGCCUUCCUUCUGAGACGACUCUAAGAGUUUGGGAUGUACUUUUCUAUGAAGGAGCUAAAGUUCUCUUCCAUGCAGCUUUGGCCAUAUUCAAGAUGAAGGAAAAUGAGCUGCUUAUGACUCACCAGGUGGGUGAUGUGAUCAACAUAAUACAUACCACCUCACACCAGCUCUUUGACCCUGAUGAGUUACUAACGGUGGCGUUUGAGAAAAUUGGAUCGAUGACUACCAACACAAUAUCUAAGCAGAGGAAGAAGCAGGAACCAGCGGUGAUGGCAGAACUUGACCAGAGACUUAGGAGACUCAACUCUCUUAAAGAAACUGGGAAGAACACAUGAACAGAAGGAAACAAGUGUUGGUUCGUGAGAAGAUGAGUGAGCCAUAAAGUGUACAAGGAGGAGAGUCCAAUGGCUUAUAUAUAUGCUUACCCCUCUUGAUGGUCUUUUUAUUCUUCUUCUUUUGCUAAAGUAAAUAAAAUAGGAUUUUUAAUUUUGAGAGCAAAACAAAUGACCAAUAAGAUAAUGUCAAGUUUCUUCCUUUUUGAUAUAA